UUGAUCACUUUGAAAAAGUAUGUAAAUAAAAGAUUUGAAUGCUCAGUUCGCUUGCAUUUAUAUUAUAACGUUGUGAUAUAUGCUACAUUUUCAAUUAAUUCUAUUAACAUUUGAUCGCAACAGUACGUCUUAUCGUAUUAUGUCUACUACAAAACUUUAGAUAAAAAUAUUGUAUGCUGCAAUACUAGUUUAUCAAUUCAAGUUGAGGUUAAGAACAAAGGUUAUUAACUUAUUUCAUCUUAAAGACUGAUUACUAGCUGCUUAUCAUAUUCUUACAAAAAUGUUUAAGGGUCUCGUAGGUUUAGUGACGGGGGGCGCAUCUGGUCUUGGACGAGCAACUGCUGAACAGUUGUUGAAACAAGGUGGGAGAGUUAUUAUAUGUGACCUGCCUUCUAGCACUGGACAGGAAACAGCUAAGCAACUCGGUGAAAAUGUUGCAUUUGUGCCUGUUGAUGUAACAUCAGAGCAAGAUUUGAAAAAUGCAUUACAAACAACACGUGACAAGUUUGGCCGCCUCGAUGUAGCCGUCAACUGUGCAGGUGUUGCAAGCGCUGCUCGUAUCUACAACUUCAAAAAGGAACAACCAUUUGAUCUGAAAUUAUUUCAGAGAACCAUUGAGGUCAACUUAAUAGGUACUUUUAAUGUGAUACGGCUGUCUGCUGGCAUGAUAGGCAAAAAUGCACCUGAUGCUGAUGGACAGAGAGGCGUCAUUAUAAAUACGGCCAGUGUUGCAGCGUUCGAUGGACAGAUUGGUCAGGCAGCAUACUCCGCGUCUAAAGCCGGUGUUGUAGGCAUGACCCUUCCAAUUGCCAGGGAUCUUGCGAAACAAGGCAUCAGGGUGGUGACGAUUGCGCCAGGUCUAUUUCGUACACCAAUGAUGCAGUCCUUACCCGAACCUGCGAUAAAGCAACUCGAAGCAACCGUACCCUUUCCAUCGCGUUUGGGGCACCCUCAGGAGUUUGCGUUGCUUGUCCAGAGUAUCAUACAGAAUCCUAUGCUGAAUGGUGAAACUAUACGAUUGGAUGGUUCACUAAGAAUGCAGCCCUAACAUGGAUAUUUAAAAGCAGGGUACGGGUGCAAACAUUUGUUAUGUAGUGACUAAUUGUAAAUAAAAUUUUUCAUUAUUCA